AUGCACGAUGUUCCCUUCGUCUGGAUUCCCUCCUCAUCCUUCUCAUCUCUUUAUCUUGAACGAUCGAGUAUGGCUGUUAAUCGACCGUUGACACAACCAUUUCCUCGAAAGAGUCGGAGAAGACCAAAACCAACAACAUGGCCAAAAUCACUCAAACCCAUCCAACGCAUCCUCACCCGCGAAUUGGACAUCACCCGUCGCAUGCUCGCAGACAACAUCCUCGCCUCCUUCACCCCCGGUCUGGUCCUCGUCACAGCCGUCUCCCUCCGCAGCAACCUCUCAACAUGGCACACGCUCACCGACCUCGCAAGAGCGACUCUCCUCUGCAUUCUGUACACCUACAUCUUCGACGCCGUCAACCAAGCCAAGGGGACUAAAGAAGACAAGAUCAACAAACCCUACAGACCCAUACCCUGA